AUGUUGAAUUUAUCGGAAGCGACAGCGACCGGAGAUGAUGUUGAAGAUGACCUUUGUCAGGAACUACCAGUUGGCGUGCUACGGCAUAGUCCCAACCGCUGCCAUGUACAGAUCAUCACUGUUAUUGUUUUAUUGAUUUACUUGGAGAAAUAUCUAUGCAUCAGGACUCAAAAUUUAUUGCUAAAUACUUAUAUUUAUACCUUGCAAAUUUAUAUUCUUGUAAAUUUAAUAAAAAAUAAUAUUUCUUCUUAUUACUUAAAUAAGCAUAUGCACUGUUACGCGUUGCGUUCGAUUUUAUAA